AUUGUAUAUCGUUUCGAGAUUGUUCCUGACGCAAUCCUUACACAUGGCAAUAAAACCCGUUCACUUUUGUUCAUGUUGUUUAUUUACAUUCAGCACGAAAUUUCAAAAAAUACCACUUCUCAAUUAUUCAUAACAUCGUAGCGUUAUCUUCUAUUUAUAAAGCCUUUGCUUCCGCUAUUUUGAAGUUAUUAAAAGUUUUAUACCGUUGCCUAUAUUUAGAUGACUUUAUUCACGGCAUCAUAUCUACAGAUAAUAAAAUAAUCUUAAGUUUAAAAAUUUACAACAUCUUAAGCAUUUGGCGAGCUCGUUUCCAAGUCGGUUAUCGGAUCACAAUGCGUGUGGUCGGUACGGUUCAUAGAUACGACGGCGACGUAUCGAAAUGCGUUUCUUUUCCGUUCGUUUUGUAGCACGGUCGUUGACUGCCAAAAUGCAGCAAAACAUGGCGUCGCAGGCGACGCGUUCGCGAUGCAGCGGCGACCUUGCGAGCGGGCCGCCCGCGCCCCUGCGACGUCAUGCGGGGGCGCGUCGGUGACGUCACGCCGCACACGACCUCGCCGUCACUCGCCGUGCACGUGAACACCACGCGCCGGCACGCUCCCGAUGCGUGAUCGCCGCGCGCUCAUUGGCCCGCGCCGCCGCGCCGUCCGCUCUCAUUGGCCACCUGCCCCCCGCGUCCCGCGCGAGCCCGUGCCUCGUACCUCGAGCGCUCGCGGAGCGGUUUAUUCGUCUGCCCAUCGCCGACGAAGCUACACGCAUCACCUAACGGGAACGCAACCCGCGCGACUACAAGUUUUGUGAAUUAAAAAAGAAAGUUUCUCACAUUUGAAUGAACUCACCGUAAUCAGAAUGUCUACUAUCCUCGAUGUUUGCGGUCCUCUCUCCCCGCCGUCAACGCCGCCGUUGAUGGACCUUAAAGUCGAGUUGCCGUUGAAGAAAGCUGCAGUCAAACGAGCUCGGGAGUCACCCCCGGCCGGGCUAGUCACCCCCUGGGUGCCGCUCGCGCCGCGCCCCGCGCCCGCCGUCAUCGUGCCCAGCGCCAUCCUACCCACCACAGCCGUGUGGCUUGUCACGCCCGCGCCCGCCGCGCGCCGCAGACUCUACGAGUGCUCGUAUCCCGGCUGCGGCAAGAACUACUUCAAGUCUUCCCAUCUGAAGGCGCACGCCCGCACGCACACGGGCGAGCGGCCGUUCCGGUGCGCGUGGCCGGGCUGCGAGCGCCGCUUCUCGCGGUCGGACGAGCUGUCGCGGCACAAGCGGACGCACACGGGCGAAAAGAAGUUCGGGUGCCGCGUGUGCAACCGCCGCUUCAUGCGCUCCGACCACCUCGCCAAGCACGUGAAGCGGCACGCGAAGGAGCGCGCGCCGCAGCCGCCCGUGCUGCGACUGCUGCCCUCGCCGCCGCUGCUCCCCACCGCGCACUGACUGACUGUGAUACGGAUCUCACGAUCGUUACCUAGUUGUAGUACUCUUAAGACUGUCCUAUCUACUACUUAAUAGUUAAGUUAUGUCGUCGUAAGCUUCAAAUAUAUCAGUUGAAAGUUA